AACUCCGGUUCUAUUGCAGAUGAGCGUCGCCGCGAACAGCAACGGUGUAGCGUUCGAUGAAACCGUCGAAGAACCACCUUGUUUCAAGUAUCUGGAUAGCAAAGAGUAUGCUGAUAAGUACAAAAAGUACGAAUCUGAGUUCAAGCAGUGGAUCCUCGCCAAGCAUUUCUAUCCCAAUGCAGUGAAUUUGUACGAGGGGAGAGCGACAAUUGGUGGUGAAACCAUUCUGUCUAGCAAGUGGCCUUGCACUCGUUUCUAUGCAGACCCGUGUGUUUCAUUUGCACAACAAGAGAGUGUAGAGAUUGGUUUAGUUCCCAAUGGAGCUAUUGUCUCUGAGAAGAAGAGUUGUUGAUGUAGUAGUAGGCAAGUAACAAUGUUUGUUUUGCUUCAUUUGACCAAGAAUGUGAUACCAUUGUUGUUAACUAUAUUAUAUACAUAUGUAUGCAAGCUAUCACUAGUGUAGUAGUAGUAGUAGUAGUCACAUUACAUAUAAUGGUUAAUCAUAGUAUUACUUA